AUGUCUUCUUCUCAGGAAACCCUGUUUGUGCCCGUGCCAAACAAUCCCAAAAAACUAGGCUGGAGAAAAUCUUUUACCAAACUUUUUCGCUACUGUUGUUCUUUUUCUUUGAAGAAUAAGAAAAGUUUGCCCAGAUACUCUAAGAAUCUUAAAAAUAUAAUUGAAAUUGAAUCACCUUACACUGGAACUACAACUCUUGUUGAUGAAGAAAACGAAGACGAAGAUGAAAAAAAUGAAAGCUUUAAUGAUAGUGACAAAUAUAGUGAGAGUAAUCAAUAUUUAUUAGAUAAAGAAGAACCUUACAAUCAUCUUGAAAAUAAUCAAGUAACCCCAAUCAAAAGUAUUGAGGAAUACUCCACUGUAAGCACUUAUGAAAACUCUUCCUCAACCCAAAGUGAGACCACUGAAAUUACCGUUUGUGUAUCCCCACCACUCCUGGCUCAACCAGUUCCUUUAACCUUACAACAAUCCUCCACCCAACCCAUCAUCCCCUCAAAUGAAUGGAUUGCCCCACUAUCCUUAAACAAACCCCCCUUUGUCCCCCAGUUGUCUCCCAUUGCCGAAGACAUUGAAGAGGAAAUGACUCGCUGGGACUGGCCUAUGACCAAAAUCCCCUUCCCACCCUUCUGCCAUGACCAAACUAGCUCUUCCCCCCCACCCCCACCACUUGAAUUUUGCUCCCCUCCUUUGCCUCUUGACUCGUUUAACAUUCUCAACUGGUCAAGCACCCCCCAAUCCCGCAACUACAUCCAGUUAGCUGAAACAACCCUCGACAAGUAUGCAGAGGUAACCAUUCUCACCAAACGUGACGCUAUCCCCAUUCCAGAACUAGGACCAAGCUCCCGAAAUCACUAUGACUCUCUACGCCGUCAAGCAACCCACUCAAUGUUGGUCUCGCGUGAUGAAAUGAUAUAUGAAAAAACUUGCGACGUUGACCAAUUUAGCGAGCUCGUUGACAUUCGCCUUGCUGAUGAGGCUCAGGAGUCUCCAGAAGGCGUAGCGACCCAGUCCUACAUGCAACUUUCUCUUACCCUCGACAAGUUCAAAACACUCUUGGCCCGCGUACUCGAGGAAUACACAGUCUACAUCAAAACAACGGCCGACCUGGCUAUCACAAUCAAAUGCGGGAAACUUAACAUUGCCCAGCUAGAGCACCGCCAGGCAUACCUUGUAGCAUUGGCUGAAACUGGACCUGGUCCCUACCCAGGACUUGAGGGCCGAGAUAGUUUGAGACGCAUGACAAUGAGGCGAUCACUCAUUUUGUCAGCUGCCGAGUAUGGUGCACCUGCAUUGCACGAAUACAGUCGCCAAUGUGCUGCCAUUGAAAAACAGUUUGACUGGUACGGUAACCGUGCUUCCCAAUGUCUUGACCUGUUGGACAAGAUUCUAAAGUGUGGAAUGGAUGCAUUGUGCAAAGACUCCAGUGAAGUACGAGAAGAUCCCAAUUUCAUGUAA